UCGCCAGAAGGAAGAACCACAGGGUUGUUCCAGUUGGUCCUGGGUGAGAGUUCCUCCAGCCUAUUAAAGCCACCACCGUUUGGAGAUGCGCGCAAUGAAAAACCUGCAUGAAGACGCAAAACACCCUUGCCUGGAGCUCAGCAGGUGAGAAGAUUCAGAAUGCACGGUGUUCUGAGGAGCUUCAGCCAGACGGUCAAGGGACUGGCCACCAGCAUACCUCGCCUGGCAACGACGAACAAGCUAUUGGUACAGCAUCCUCAUGUGCUCUUCAGAAGGACCUCCACUCAACAGCCCCACCAGGACCUCAGAGACCUUGGUCUCCCCAACCCCAGCUGGAGCCGAGAGAUGAUGGACCAGUAUGAGAAGUUUACCAAGCUGUCCGAAGACGGGUCAUGGCAAAGGAUGCCAAAUCAUAACAAUUGCUUGGACAGCAUGCCAGUCCACAGCAAAUCAGGAUACCACCCAGAAAAGCAAAAAGAUGCCUGUUUGUUUGUCCGAAACGUGGCCACUGAAGGCCGUGGAUUUGAAUUUGCCAUGUUUUUCAACAGCUCGGAGAGACGGAUGGUGGUACCUCUCCAACUGGGCUCAUAUUUGGAAGGGAUGAUUGGAUUCGUGCACGGCGGGGCCGUGGCUGCCAUUCUCGACCACACUUUUGCGAGUUGUGCCAUCUGCGUCUUCGGCGUAGUGGUGACUGCCCAUCUCUCCAUAAACUACAAGAGCCCCAUCCUGCUGGGCUCUGUGGUCCUUGUGGAAAGCAAGGUGGAGAAGGUGGAAGAGGAGAAGAUAUUUAUGUCCGCGCACGUGCAGAGCACAGAUAGACAGCACAUUCAUGCAGAAGCCACAGCUCUCUUGAUCACCCUGGACAUGAAGAGAACUUCCCAUCCACUGAAACGCUCCAAGUAAACCUCCCAGGCUAACGGUGACCCUUCGUGGGCUUUCUCAAGGGAGCCUCAAAUCUCACCUUGUGCCAGAAAUACAGCUCUCUGGGCCUUGUUUCCUGCAAGAACGGAUAAUCUGGGGUGGAGGACUGGGGCUCACUUUGCACCAAGGCAGGUUGCCCGUGCUUAGUUUGAUCCAUUUGCAGAGGCUGGGAAGGCCUCCUUAGGUUUUUCCUAAAGAUUUAGGGUCAGUUUGUAGUAUCUGGAAUUCCCAUGAGAAUGUCAUUCCUUCUUUCCUUUUUACCUCCUUGUUCCUCUUUGGGCUUCAGCUGUGCCUCUGCCGAAAUGACCCGAGGGUUUUCUUUGAAAGAUAGAUGUGUUGCUGAAGCCAAGUUCGAGGGCAAAGCGUGAUUGUAUUUCUAACUGUCUCUUUGAUGAUCUCUGGGGUGGGGGGAUGAUGCAAAGAGAAGGGUUUUUCCAAAUAAAGGAUGACUUAAGAUUGCUC